AUGUCCCCUGUCUACCCUGAGCGCCUGCCUCUCGACAUCAACGUCUCAACCUUCUGGCUCCGCGUGCACAGCGAAGAUCGGAAGAAAAACUCCGUGGCUCUCCUGCUCCUGACAAGGGACACGACAGGCUCGCAGCGCGGUGUGGUGACAGAGUGGCACCGCGGGCAGACAAACGUCUUCUUUCCUGGAGAGACCAGAUUUACUAAGUGCACGGUCCUCUGCCGCGUGGGCGGCCGUGGGAGGGUGUGCGUUGUGCCCGAGUUUGAGGAUGCCCUCGCCGGAGAGCUCAUGGACGCGGGCAUGCAGCAUGACUUCACGCAAGCCGUCGCCUUCAAAAUACGGCAGAGGCGCGUGCUACUAACGGAUGCCGUGCCGGAUGACAUUGCUGCGCGCGUCUGCCAGGCUGCAUGGACAUGGCGGGCUGCAGCCCAGUAA